UAAUUGACAUUGGCUAGCGUGAAAUUAAGGCCAAAAGCACAUGCUGCCCACCAAUCAACCCGGACCAACUUAGCCACCACCGUCACUCACCAUCCCCCAAACCUCACCGAUACAACAUGAACCGAUACAACCGGCGAGUCCAAGUCCCCGAUUUACAGCUCCCCAAAUACGACAACGUAGAAGAACGUGUCGAUGGAGAAGAAGGAGACGAUAGUAAUAACAACGGAGUAGCGCGAUUAAUAACAACAGAGAACAAUGUGAGUGACGAUCAAGAACCAUUCAUGGGUGUUAAAGUUCGAAGAAAAGCAUCUCGUCAUAGAGAUAUUAAAGGGGAUUAUCUUGAUGUUCCUUCUCAUUCUUAUUUGAUGAAGAUUUUGCAGAAGCAAGGUGACAAGCAGGUCCUCUUUGCCGAUAAAGUUUUGAAAUUCACAGGUUCAGGGAAGAUGAAACAACGCAUAUUGUUAAUAACUGACUUUGCCAUUUACAUUAUUGACCCAGAGAUUAAUGCUCUUAAACGACGGAUAGCUCUGGCAGCUGUAGAAAAGAUAUGUUUGAGUGAAUUGAGUGAUAAUUUCUUUGCAAUUAUUAUUCCAACAGAGUAUGAUCUUCUUAUGGCCAGUACUCGAAAGACUGAAAUAGUUACUGUGUUAGUUGAAGCUACCAGGAGCGCUUCUGACUAUGAACUUGAGGUGGCUUUUUCCAAUAGCUUUGAGUACAAUGCGGAUGCUGAAUUGGUAAAAGUAAUUGAGUUUGAGGAAGUUGAAGGUGGUGUAAAAACCAGAAUCACAAGGAAGUGAGUAGCAGUCCACGAAUGUUCUUAUAUGUUUAUAAACCAUGCAGGAGAUUCGCACUGUUCAUUGUAAAGUGGGAAGGUUACUGGCCCAUUGCGUUGAGAGGAUCCUCACAGCAUCAGGGUUGCUAUUUUUUUUUAUGUUGAUUUUUUCUGUGUAAUCUCUAUAGUAAAUGAACUAUAAUUUUUUCUUUUUGAAAAUGGUUUCAUUUGUAUGAAAUGAGAUUAUUUUGGAUGUUAAAAAGCAAUAUAAUUUGCGAUAUACAUUGGUACUUCAAA